AUUCCAUUCUCGUCCAAUUUGACACCAUGAUCUGCGGGCUGAACAUGGUCAAACGGCUUUACUAUUUCGAGGCCAGUGGACAUGGGCUGAUCCCCCCACCUUGAAUCGAAACGGCCCGCCGCGACGAAAGCCACAGUCUGCCUGACGUUUCAGGCGCCAAACCACCAUUUUCGCCAAUGGCUGCGGACCCGCGACCGAAAAAGAAGCUGGGGAGGAGCUCGGCCGGCCCAGGGAAUUUAUAACGCCGCCAUCGCGCCAGCAGACAUACACACAGCCAGGUCGUCAUGCUACGCCCGAGGAUACCACUGCCGCGCCUGGGGCGGCUGGCCCGGAUCCCGCAGACGAGGCACAUCCACAAGCUGCGGCCGCUGAGAGAUCAAUUUGCCGAAAAGGGCAUCGGCGAGGAGGGCCACCAGUUCCUUAGCCCCGAGGCCGUCGACUUUGCCUACACGCAGUACCAGACCCUGGUCCUGGAGAAGCUGAACAAGCUCACUGCCGGCCAAGAGGAUGAGCUGAGCAACUCGCCCAACGGGCUGCUGAGCCUCAUCACCCGGACGGCGCGCGACCCCAACAAGGCGCCGACGUUCAACUACGCCAGCAUGGCGCACAACAACGAGUUCUUCUUCAACGGCAUCUGCCACAAGGGCCCGCCCAUCCCGCGGGAGCUGAAGCAGCACCUGGUCGAGGCGUUUGGCAGCAUCGAGACGCUCCGGACCGAGUUCCUCCUGACGGCCUUUGCCAUGUUCGGGCCGGGCUACGUCUGGCUCGUGCGCGCGCGCCAACCGCAAAACGUCGCGAUGCGCUUCCGCCUCUUGGUCACGUACCUGGCCGGCACCCCCUACCCCGAGGCGCACUACCGCCAGCAGCGCGCCGACAUGAACACGGGCAGCAACGUCGACGAGUGGAUGGCCAGCCAGAGGGCCGCCGUGGCGCCCGCCUCGGCCUCGGCCGCGGGACCUGCCUCCUCCUCCCACACGAGGCUCGAGCCGGCCCCCGGCGGGCUCAGGGGCGUCGUCCCCGUGCUGUGCCUCAACACCUGGGAGCACGUCUACCUGCCCGACUACGGCAUCCUGACCCCCGAAGGCAAGGAGGGCAAGCGUGAGUACAUCUACAAGUGGUGGGACCACAUCGACUGGAACGUCGUGGCCGACCGCGCCAACCUGGCCGCAGGGCAGCCGUCGCUCAUAAGUUGAUGGGCUUGGGGUGAGGCUGUAUCUUUUGUAGGGAAGAACAGGGACUGGUCGUAAAAAAAUAGAUGGCUGGGAUCAUAUAAAACCCGCCCGCAAACUGGAAGAUGGUGUGCGCGUGCCUGCAAAGUUGCCUUGGGUCGAUUUGCAGGUUUCCGCUGCGGCGACGCUCGAUCCGGACGGGACGGGGUGGUUGAAACGGGGCUCUUUGGCUCUGGUCCGUCCGACGCCUGCUCUUUUCAACGAGAAAAAAAAGGCAAAUGUAUGAUGAUAUAGUAGCUGUAGCAAUGCGCCCCUGUACGAAGAACUGCUCCUUCUCGAGUGCCGUUGUUGGAAAUCUUGUUCUUGGUGCGUGAAAGCAUGGCAGCUCGACGUUUCCC